AUGGGAUUUCAACAACAGUCGCCCCCACAAGAAAAGGGAAACUUGGAAGACUUGAUUUCUAAGUUCAUUAAUGUUGCUAAAGCAAAGUUCCAAGAUCACGAAAAGAGAUUCUUAAAUCAAGAAGCAUCUAUUAAGAAUUUAGAAAUUCAAAUGGGGCAGAUUGUGAAUUUGUUGUCAGAAAGAAGAGAGGGACGACUACCUAGCAAUACAGAGAAGAACCCAAGGGAGCAAGUGAAUGUCAUUGCUUUAAGAAGUGGAAAGACUAUUGGCGAGACCCAGAAUGAUGAUCAGAAAGCUGAAAUGCCAAAAUAUGCCAAAUUUUUUAAAGUGGUGAUGUCGAAUAAAAGGAAAUGGGAGGAAUGCGAAAUGGUGAAACUAAAUGAAGAGUGCUCAGCAAUUCUUCAAAAUAAAUUGCCCCCAAAGCUCAAGAACCCAGGGAGUUUUUCUAUUCCUUGCACCAUAGGAAAUAUUGAGUUUGAGAAAGCUUUAUGCGAUUUAGGUGUCAAUAUAAAUCUAAUGCCAUAUUCUAUUUUUGAAAAACUUGGAUUGCAAGAACUAACACCUACUACUAUUAUCCUGCAAUUAGUUGAUAGAAGUAUCAAAUAUUUUAGGGGAAUAGUAGAAGAUGUUUCAGUCAAAGUGGGCAAUUUUAUUAUUCUUGUUGAUUUCAUUGUGUUGGAUAUGGAGGAAGAUAUGACAAUGCCUCUGGUUUUAGCGAGACCUUUUCUUGCUACUAGUAAUACUUUAAUUGAUGUGCAAAAAUGUCUAUUUAYCCUUAGAAUCAAUGGUGAAGAAGUGGUCUUGGAUGAAGAAGUUAAGGAGGUUUUGAACUAUUUGGAGGCCGGUCAGGAAGAGUUCAAGCCAAGACAAGGAAAAUUUUUUGGACCAACCUCUACCAAGCAAUUGCGACCUUCCAUUGAAACACCUCCAGCUCACACAAAACCCCUCCCAUCUAUUGUAUAA